UUAAAUAAUAAUGGUCUAAUUCGAUAUCAGAAUUCAAAACUGUACACUGUAGAAAUAACACUUGUUGAUAUGCUAUCAUAUCACGCCAUCAUUUUAUUCAUUCAUGUAUAUUUUGUUAUCCCUUAUAUUUUACAACUUUUUGUACACGUCUGAUUUUGUACAUGUUUUUUUGCACAAUUGAUGCUGGGGUAGUAAUACAUGUAUUUAUGAUAGAGAAUUGUUUUUUUAUUUAAAUUAUUAUUCAAAAAUAAAUUUGAUUCUUAAAUUCUACGUUUAAUUUGUUAGUUUACAAGCAAUUUUUAAUCUUAUUGACAUUAGUAACAUUUAAUAUUCGUUUUAUAUAGGUUAUACAGAGUGAGAGACAAAGAAUUUGAAUCAUGAUACCUUUUACACUAAUCAGAUUCAUAAGCUGCAAAAAGAACUUAGCCGAGUCAUCAGAGACUAUAGAAAAUGUCCCGGAAUGCAAGCAAGCGUUUUUACCGGUUGGGUAGUAAUCAGGAGCUACUUGACUACAUGAGUCCAAAUGAAAAUCCCGAACAAGAAAACAGAUGGAAUUUUGAAGUAUCUUGGGAAGCAGCGAAUAAAGAUACAGCGACAACACAAACAAUAAGCUGUUGGAUAAAAGACGUACUGGAAAAAGCGGUGUAGGCCAUUUAUUCAGCACAUAAGUUGGUGGAAUUUACACAGUUAUUAGAUCAAAAGCGUAUGUAUCGGUAGAAGAGAUGGGAGAUCAAUACUGCUUAUUAGGACCUUAUAAAGAAAAUUGUGCAAAAACAGAAAUUGAAGAAAUGGAUUUUCCACUCAACAGUCCAAUAUACAAAACUGUCCAGAUUUUACGAGAUCAAGGUUAUAAAGUUAUCACGGGUACUUGGUUAGUCGAUGGAAAUCCACAAAUAAUUUUAUUUGAUAUUGGUAGUGCAGCAUGGAAAUUGGAUGAAUAUAAACAAGAAUUAUGGAAUUGUUGCAAUUUUGGUAUUCCCCAUAUGGAUGUUGAAGCUAAUGAUGCUAUAAUACUUGGGUAUCUUGUCUGUCAGUUUAUUAGCGAAUUCAGAAAAAUAUCAGGAUCAAAUUCCCAAUUUCUGCCACGCAUUGUUGUACAUUGUCACGAAUGGCAAGCAGGGGUAGCAUUAAUAGCUUUACGCACACGACAUAUUGACGUAGCUACAGUAUUUACAACUCAUGCCACACUUCUUGGUAGAUAUUUAUGUGCUGGAAAAACUGACUUUUAUAAUAAUUUAAAUAAGUUCAAUGUUGAUGAAGAGGCAGGGAAGCGACAAAUAUAUCAUAGGUACUGUAUGGAACGGGCUGCUGCUCAUAUGUCACACGUAUUCACUACAGUAUCCGAUAUCACUGGACUUGAAGCUGAACAUUUACUUAAAAGAGUACCUGAUAUUAUAACCCCAAAUGGAUUAAAUGUGAAAAAAUUCUCAGCUUUACAUGAAUUUCAAAAUCUUCAUGCAGUAAAUAAGGAAAAAAUACAUGAAUUUGUUCGAGGACAUUUUUACGGACAUUUCGAUUUUGAUUUAGACAAAACGUUAUAUUUUUUUAUUGCUGGACGUUAUGAAUUUGGAAACAAAGGAGCAGACAUAUUUAUUGAAGCUUUAGCAAGACUUAAUCACUAUAUAAAGUCCUCAAAAUCUGAUGUUACUGUAGUUGCGUUUUUAAUAUUCCCAGCAAGGACUAAUAAUUUCAAUGUAGAAUCACUUCGAGGACAUGCAGUAACUAAAUCAUUAAGAGGGACAAUUAGUGAUAUACAGCAAAAAAUUGGAAAACGUAUGUACGAAGCCUGUUUGUCAGGACGAAUGCCAGAAAAUAAAGAUUUAUGCCUUAAGGAGGAUCUGAUGAAAAUCAAAAGAUGUUUAUAUGCACUGCAAAGAAAUGGACUUCCGCCAAUAACAACUCAUAAUAUAAUUGAUGACUGGAAUGAUCCCGUAUUGAACGCUAUAAGACGAUGUAACUUAUUUAACACAGUAAAUGAUCGUGUUAAGGUCGUAUUUCAUCCGGAAUUUUUGUCAUCUACUAAUCCACUUUUUGGAUUAGACUAUGAAGAAUUCGUUCGUGGAUGCCAUCUAGGAGUUUUCCCUUCCUAUUAUGAGCCAUGGGGAUAUACUCCAGCUGAAUGUACAGUCAUGGGAAUACCAAGUAUAACUACAAAUCUUUCAGGAUUUGGAUGUUUCAUGCAAGAUCAUGUGGCGGAUCCAAUGAGUUACGGAAUUUACAUAGUCGAUCGAAGAUUUAUCAGUUUAGAAGCAAGUGUUCAACAACUUGCUCAAUAUAUGUUUGAUUUUUGCCGUCUAAAUAGACGCCAAAGAAUCAUACAGCGAAAUCGGACUGAACGCUUAAGUGACUUACUAGAUUGGCGGAAUCUUGGAAUUUAUUAUCAGCAUGCUCGAAUUAAAGCAUUAAUAAAGAUGUAUCCUGAACUAGCUUCUGAAUUUACUGAAAGCAGUGUUAAAUGUUUAAAUUAUCCAAGACCAAUAAGUGAACCUUCUUCUCCAUCAUCAUCACGCCAUACUACACCAGCUGCAUCAGUUCAAGGAUCGGAUGAUGAAGAUGAAUUCGACGAAGAAAAAGAAUUGCAGGAACUCCAACAAUCCGACGAAAAAUAGAAUGGAAACAUACAUUGCAGAUAAUGAUAACUUAUUGUAUACAAUACGUCAUGUACCUUUUGAAGAAUUAGAAGAACACUAUGAUAUUUAAAUUGCUACCUUCAUGUUAUCAUCCUAAGACGUUAAUAAAAAUAUUUUACGGGCUCUACCUUA